CGGGGCCGCGCUGAGGGGCCGGGCACGGGGACCCGCCUUUGGGCGCCUGACGGGGCAAGGGGGCACCUGCGGGACAGGAGCGGCAGCAGUGGAGCGAAGGUACCGGCGGGAACUUCGGCGUCGCGCUUACUUUUUCAUGUGCCUGGCUCACUGAUACGUGCUGUAUACAUGUAUAUUAAAUCUCUACGUCGGUCCGGGCUAAGGAGCAGCAUAUAUUGAACAAAAUGUCCUCGAAGAAGAAAAUAAAGAAGAGUCAUACCAGCUGUAAGCUACAGAAGCAGAAAGCCAACUCCAAUCUUCRUCGGAAAUCGCUUCCACUUGUGGAACCAAAUGUCUCAAGGAUAUUGAAGGUAUCAGAAACAAAUCAGCUUGAGGAGCUUGAUGAUUCCUUUGAGCACCCUUUGCAUAGUACUGCUGUGGAUGCUUAUGGUGAGGAACAUUCAGAAAACCAGUCACUUGGUCRUGUUUCAGCACCACAAAGGCAAAAUACAGACAGACGUGAAAAACGGCGUCGCUCAAAGCCUUCCAAUGGUGAUGUUCAGAAAUCCAACACAACUGAUGCUGGAGAGGAGCCGCUUAAGGAGACUACGAAGACUUCAAAUACUACUCAAUUCUCGGCCAAAAAGAAGCAGCCUUCAGAGAACACAUCAGAUCCUUCUGUGGAUAGCCCACAUUUUGUACAGGUUUGGUGUCCCAAAGAGUUGAAGAGAUCUCCUAGAGAUAUUACAGAACUGGAUGUUGUUCUAGCUGAAGUUGAGAAGAUAACAGCAAAUUACAGACAAAGCAUAGACUCAAACAUUUGCAGAAAAGCUAUCAAUGACUUUUCUUCUGCUUUCAAGGACCAAAUCACUGAUCUUAUAGCAGGAAUCGAGGAAUUAAAGAAUAUGAAGAAAAAGAAUGCUAAGGCAAUAACAAACAUUAAAAAGAAAAGGCAGCRACUGGUGCAACUCAGAGAAGGACUGAUUGGAGCCGAGCUACAACUGACASAACUACAAAGAGAAUAUGCUGAGGUACAGGAAAGGAAAUCUUCCUUGAGGCAAACAGUUGAAUUAAUUACUGAUUUAAAGGAGCUACAGGAAGACUGUUUGGAUUACAGAGAAGAAAACCCAAAAGAAAAACUGGUAUAUGGAACUUCCAGCCUCCCUGCUCUUCUGGUGGAGUCUCGGAGAAUUCUGGGGGCAGAAAGGCACUUUGAGAAUAUCAACAGGAAACUGGAAGAGACUCUGUCUGCACAAAAAGAGAGAAGAUCAAAUAAAAAUUAAGUGUCUUUAAGACUUUCUGGCACUCAGUAGGAACAGUUAUUAGAAUUGUUAGUGCUUAAAGCUGGCUUAAUCAUUGUUACUCUAUUUUGUUAUGGUGUUUAAAAGAAGCCAAUGACUUARAGAGUGUAUCUUUCUAUAGUAAAUAGAAAUAGUAAUCCCAGUUUSAGCAAUAAAACUUUCUUGUACACUGUGAACAAUGUUCRGUGUUAAUCUUGUGCUAUUAAGGUAAUCUUUAAGAAUAUAUUCCUCUAAAGAAACCACAGCCUUUGGUUGAAUAAACACAAAUAGACAAAUCUUUAUUAAAUUUGMAGUWGA